AUGGCUGCGGAUGGUGAGCGCUCCCCGCUGCUGCCCGCCGAGUCUGGCGAUGGGGGCGGCCUCGGCUCGGGAGGCUUGGUGGGGCCGGCCGGUCUGGCGUCAGGGCCCGCCUCGAUUGCUCCGGGGAAACCGAACCCGCCACAGGGAUUUUCCUCCUUCAGCAGUCUCAAUGAUGGGAGCCAAGCAGCCAUACUGCCUGCAGAAGAUCCCCCGCCGUAUUCCCCGAUGGCAUCGCCGGAGACCUUGCUGUGUUCUGUUCUAUUCCGCACCCUUUCCGAAAGAGUGGACGAAUUGUUCCUGUCAGAUUGCAUCGAACCAAUUAAAAAUGCCCCACCUGGUAAGAAGUACGUGAGAUGCCCUUGCAACUGUCUUUUGAUCUGCAAAGUGACCUCACAACGCAUCGCCUGUCCGCGGAUAUAUUGUAAACGGGUCAUAAACUUAGGCCCCGUUCACCCUGGCCCUCCGAGUCCCGAGCCUCAGCCCGUGGGCGUGCGUGUCAAUUGCGGCCAUUGCGAAAAUAAUUUCCUGUGGACAGAAUUCACCGAUCGCACUUUAGCCCGGUGCCCACACUGCCGCAAAGUCUCCUCCAUCGGGCGCCGCUAUCCGAGGAAAAGGUGUUUCUGUUGUCUUCUGCUGGGCGUGCUGAUGGCCGUGACCGCAACGGGGUUGGCGUUUGGCACCUGGAAACAAGCCCAGCAGUACAGGGGGGUCUAUGCUGCCUGGGCGGUGGUGAUUUUCCUGGCUUUGGUUUUCCUCGGCCGAGCUAUGUACUGGGCUUGUAUGAGGGUCAGCCACCCCAUCCAGAACUUCUCGUGAGCCUCUUCCAAGCUCCUCUUGGUUUCCCACCGCUG